UUUGAACCAGUGUGCAGAAGUUUGAGUUUGAACCAUGGUUUGAACUCUGCUAGAAUUGCUCCUGUGGGUGAAAACAUUCCUUCUGUUGACGAUAAAGUUCUCUGAAUCGGAUCUAGAGCAGGACUAGGAGGGGGCGUUUACCCAGCCUUCACCUCCCCGGGACUCGUUGCCCCCCGGCCCGCCUGCAGCGCUGAUGUCCGGCUUCCACCUGGUCCCCGUGGACGGGGGGGACCCGGUGCACCUGCCGCCGGGGGAGACGCUGCUGGGCCGAGGGUCCUUACUGGGGGUCAGCGAUAAAAGAGUUUCCAGACAUCACGGACUGCUGCAGAACCUGGACGGACAGCUGCGUGUUAAGCCCAUCCACGUGAACCCGUGUUUCAUCCAGACUGAGUCCAACGACGAGCCCCGCCCGCUGCAGAAGGACUGCUGGUACCCACUUCGCCACGGCGAGCUGCUGUCCCUCCUGCCGGGCCGGUUCGUGUUCCGGGUGGAGGCGGUGGGCGGAGGCCGGCGGGCUCCCAGCCAGACGUCUGAGGAAGAGGAGCCACUAGGUGUUCCUGGGCCGGAUGCCGAGGCGGUGCCUGCUUCACCUGCAGAGAGUCUCAGGGACCAGGAGAAAGCCGGGAGCCCUGGAAACAGUUUCACCAAGGCUGGCGACGGCGGUGACGGUGCUCCAUCUGCACACAGGAAGAGGGUUUUACCGGCGUGGAUGAUGGCGGCCGACGUGGCUUCGACGACUCCGUCCUCCACCGUCGGAGGUACCACUGCAACCGUUUCCAGAGCGCAGGAAGUUCAGUCCCCUGUGAAGACGAGUAAACGACCCGCGGCGCGGCCAGCGCAGGCCACGCCCACUGCUGCCUCCUCACGUGAAGCGGUGGAGAACAGCGGGGAGGAGGAGAGGCCGAGGAAGAAGAGGAGGGAGGGGAGCGAUGAAGAAGGAAACCCUCCGACCAGAACAGCUGAGUUGUCAACGGGCGAUCCUUCAGAACUGUCCACGGACACAUAUGGGAGUAAAACCGGCACAUCUGAGGUCCCUGACCAGUCCGAGCUGGAGGUGGAAGCCGACAGAGGAGGAGACGCUUCGUCCCGGGCUCCCAAAGUCAGGAAAUCCAAGGAGGAGAAGAAGGCGCCAGUUCCAGAUCCGUCCAAACCCGUCAGACAGCCGUGUCCAUACGGGAAGGACUGCUACAGGAAGAACCCGCUUCAUUUCCAGGACUGCAGUCACCCCGGCGACGCUGACUACAAAGACGACGAGGAGGAGGACGAGGCGGGUCGACCCGAGUGUCCGUACGGAACCGACUGUUACCGGAAAAACCCUCUUCACAGGAAGGAGUACAAACACACCAGGAGAGCAGCUCGCUCCACUCGAACCGUCGCCAGAGGCACCGCCGAUGAUGAUGAUGAUGAUGACGACGGCUUCAUCAAUGACGACAGCGAGGACGGAGGCGACGACUCGGACUACAUCCCUCAGGCGUCGGACGGCAGCGAUAAGGAGGACGUGGAGCGACUGCAGAGAGAAGCCCGGGCCUUCGUGAAGAGGAGGAAGUAGGAGUUGUUGUGUUUGGACUCGCGAGCGAGUCCUGAACAGUCCGAUCCUGAAGUCUGUGUCUCAGACAACAAAGACUCUCUUCCUGAAUACUUCCACUUUAAAACCAUUGUGGAGCGUCGCAGGUAGACUUUUAAUUUGAAAAGCCAUCAGCAAGAGCUCUUUGAUCAGGAACAUGAAACUGGGGUGACGGAGUCAGGAAGUCCAGAACUACAGUAGUCCCGAUCCACCUGUGACGCCUUCAGACAAGAAGUUCACAAAAACAGGAAAUGCUCUUCGUUAAACUGUGAUAACACGUAAAUGUAAAGUUUUUAUACUUAAAAAAACUCUGAAUGUUCCAAUCCCAAAGCUUUUCACAUUCAAAGCUUUUAAAAUUACACAUAUACACUACAACUACGAAGAGCUUCUUUCUGAGGAAUUCCAGUCAUUUCCUCUUUGGAGGUUCUUCCAUAUUUAAAGCUUUAAAAUGAGCGGUUAACGAAACCAUUAAUGUGGAAAAAUACCUGUUGAGCCUCAUGGUUUUUAACAUCCAUCCAUCCAUUAUCUAUACCCACUUUAUCCUUUGCAGGGUCAUGGGGGUCUGCUGGAGCCUAUCCCUGCUAUUUUCAGGCGAGAUGCAGGGGUUACACCCUGGACAGGUCGCCAGUCCAUCGCAGGUUUUUAACAUUAAAAAGUGAAAAGGCAUUAGAUCAUUGUGGACAAGCAGCUUUGAAGAAGGAGACUACGUAAAGUGUUCUCAGAAAUACGAGAACGAACUGGAGCUGGGAGCGGAUUUCUUCUUUGUCAUCCUGAUUAAUCCACAUCUGCAUGGUUUUUCACAUUAAAAGAGCUCUAUUUUUUUAUACAGGUUUUUAAUUUAAAAAAAGCGGGAAGCGCUUUGCUCAGGAACAAACAUGAAACCGGGACAACAGUCGGGGAACGACCACUAUAGUUUUCACACUAAAGUUAACUCCAGCUAUUCCUUCUUGACUCUACACGAAAAGACCUGAAAUGAGAAGUUUGAAGAUAUUUAAUGUGAAAAAGUCACUUUUUAUUGAUCAGGAUUACAAUAAAGAACUGGAACGACAAACCAGACUUUCAUCUGCAUGUUAUUUUCACAUUAAAAGUCUUCCAACAUUCUAACAAACGCUUUUAAUUUGAAAAAAAACCAUUAAGAGUUUAUUGAUCAGGACAGCAAAGACAGGAUUUCAACUCAACAUGAAUAAUGUUUUUAGCGCUGGAUCUAAAGGUGCGGCUCUCUUACGCACACUUACGUCAGCGAUACUGACUUAUGACAUCGUACGGGGUAUUUAUAGAAUACAAACUGUAAACACGUGUACUGAUAAAAAUCCGUGCUGUGUUGCAGGUGUAAUUGAUGAGAGUAAGUAGAGAUAUUUAACUGGAUGUUUAUUGAGUUAAAUGGAAUUAGCUGUUUUUCUUUCAGUUUCCACUUUAUUUCUUGAUAUUUUUCAUAUUAAAAGCCAAUAAAAGGAAGAUGAGACUUUUAUUGUGAAAAGAUGAGACUGGUUUGUGGUGAGUUUUUAAAGAUUCAUCACUACAAAAUAAAAGCUUGUCUCUGAAGUCAAACCGACCCAAAGGUGCAGUUGUCUCCGGUGCUCUGUAGUGAGCCGUCCUCAACGAUUCCAGCGUGUCCCGAGCACCGUGUUCAACAGAGACGGGCCACCAAGACCAGAAGCAGCUAGACCAGACUGACACUGGAAGACCUGGGCAUGUUUUAAUGUCGCUGUGGUUAAAUGUGUGCAAGGAUGUUCUCAUUUCCUGCUGCUGCUGUAAAUAUGUUGAAUGUUUGUCCUCUGUGGUUUUAAUACAU